AUGGAGCGAGGGCUCGUCGCAUUGCUGGGUCUGGGGCUGGCGCUUCUUCUGCUGGCGCCCUCCCGUCGUCUCGCCUCGGCCGCUCCGGUGGAGGACGGCCUCCUCAUGAAUGGUGAUUUCGAGACAGCACCACCUGGCGGUUUCGUCAAAUCUGCUUCAGUUUCCGAGGGCGCAGCGAUCCCAAGCUGGAUGAUCAAUGGAACAGUUGAGCUCAUUUCCGCAGGCCAGCACCAGGGUGGCAUGAUCCUUAUUGUUCCACAAGGCGAUCAUGCUGUGCGGCUAGGGAAUGAUGCAGGCAUUGGGCAGGUGGUGGAGGUUGAGAAGGGCUCAGAGUACGCGAUCACAUUCAGCGCCGCCCGGACCUGCGCGCAGCUGGAGUCACUGAACAUCUCCGCUGGGAGCGUGUCGCAGACAGUCGACCUGCAGACACUGUACAGCAUAGAAGGCUGGGAUGCAUAUGCACUGGCUUUCCAAGCAGUGGAUGAGCAGGCCAGCAUUGAGUUCAGGAACCCUGGCAUGGAGGACGACCCGACCUGUGGGCCUAUCCUUGACAACGUGGCCAUCAAGAAGCUCUUCUCCCCCGACAAAGCAAAGGAGAACAUGGUGAUCAAUGGGGACUUUGAGGAGGGGCCAUGGAUGUUUGCAAACACAAGCUUCGGCGUCCUGCUCCCGACGAACCUCGACGAGCAGACGUCGGCCUUGCCGGGGUGGAUGAUCGAGUCGAACCGCGCAGUCCGCUUCGUUGACUCCGACCAGUACACCGUUCCCCAGGGGAAGCGCGCCAUAGAGCUUCUCUCCGGCAAGGAGGGCAUCAUCUCGCAGAUGGUGGAGACGACCCCUCAGAAGGCGUACACCCUGACGUUCACGCUGGGCUCAGCAGGCGAUUCGUGCCAGCCGCCAAUGGCCGUCAUGGCGUUCGCCGGCGACCAGGCCCAGAACUUCCACUACGCCCCCAUGGGCAACGCCACGAGCCAGGCCGUGAACGUGAAUUUCACGGCGCGCGCCGAGAGGACGCGCGUCGCGCUCUACAGCGUCUACUACAACACGAGAAGCGACGACCACAGCUCGCUCUGUGGGCCGGUGAUCGACGACGUCCGCGUCUGGGGCUUGAACGGGGCUGCUGGGUUGAAGGCGAGCAUCAGGAUGCUUAUUGCCAUGGCUAGUGUCAUCGUUCUUGUGCUGUUCUGA